CUGUAAACAGGCAAAAACCCUAAACUGGUUUGGUCCGGUAUUAAAAAAUUACAGUCAAAGGAGUCGUCUGGUAGACAAAGUCGCCUUUGAUUCUCUCACACGUUCGCUUCUCAUCAUCUUUCCUUUUUCCCCUCCAACACCCAACCACUAAUCCACUUGAUUAUUAAAGGUGACCUUCAGCAAAACUCAUUUCAUCUAGAGCUUUAAGGUUCUCUAAUCAUGUUCUCUCUUCCCGGCGUUUAUGGGUUCCUCUGAUUGUUUGAAUUUCUUGUUCUCUGUGGGUGUUUGGUGCACUGCUUAUAUAACCGUUGCAAUCCUUGCAUCGUUUAGGAUCUUCAAUUCUCUCUGUCCAUUUUAAAUUUGUGAAGCGGCUGCAUAAAAAAUCAUGGGCUAUGCACAGCUUGUUAUUGGCCCUGCAGGCAGUGGCAAGUCGACAUACUGCUCUUCUUUGUACCAGCAUUGUGAAACUGUUGGUCGAACGAUCCAUGUUGUUAACCUGGAUCCUGCGGCAGAGAACUUUGACUAUCCUGUGGCCAUGGAUAUUAGGGAACUCAUUUCUUUAGAUGAUGUUAUGGAGGAACUUGGCUUGGGUCCAAAUGGUGGUCUUAUGUACUGCAUGGAACAUCUCGAAGACAGUCUGGACGAUUGGUUGACAGAAGAAUUAGACAAUUAUAUGGAUGAUGACUAUUUAGUUUUUGACUGCCCAGGCCAGAUAGAACUUUUUUCACAUGUGCCUGUGCUCAAGAACUUUGCAGAGCACUUGAAGCGUAGGAAUUUCAAUGUUUGUGCUGUUUACUUGCUUGAUUCACAGUUCAUCACAGAUGUGACAAAAUUUAUAAGUGGGUGUAUGGCAUCGCUUUCGGCAAUGAUCCAACUUGAGUUGCCCCAUGUUAACAUCCUCACGAAAAUGGACCUUGUGACAAACAAAAGAGAUCUCGAAGACUACUUGAAUCCGGACUCUCAAAUUUUGUUGUCACAGUUGAAUCAACAAAUGGCUCCACAGUUUGCCAAGCUUAAUAAAUCUUUAAUUGAUUUGGUGGACGAAUAUAACAUGGUGAGUUUUGUGCCACUAGAUUUGAGGAAGGAAAGCAGUAUAAAAUAUGUGCUGGCUCAAAUAGACAAUUGCAUUCAGUUUGGCGAAGACGCAGAUGUGAAGGUUAAAGACUUUGAUCCGGAGGAUGAUGAAUAACCAAAAUUUUUAUAAAUUGUGACGUUUCUCCAUCUAUAUGGUGUUGCAUCCCCAGAUGGAUGGAGAAUAUAUGUCAUCAUGUAGAUAUCCUACUAGAGCAAGACCUAGAGUGAACUUAUUGACUUUAAAAGGCUAAUUUCAGAAGGGUGUUACUCCAACGCAAAAGAAAAAUAUGUCGGAGUUGUGUGAAGAGAAGUCGAGUUUGCAAUAUAGACAAGGGUUUGGACUGGAGUUUUUUGUACUAAUUUGCUUUGGCUGUUACUCAAUCCCCAUCAUUUGCAUAGGCAUUUUUAGGGGUUUCCAUAAUUCCAUUUCUUUGUAAAACAAGACAGCUACCGUUUGUUUAUGCGGAAUUUGCACAAGCAGAAAACCAGUUUUUGUCA